ACCUUUCACUGGACUAUGUUUCUCAGCCAGCAAAUCUUCAGUUCCCUCACAUAAUGCCACUUCCUGAAGACAUCAAAGGCUCUUGCUUCCAAAGUGGGAAUAAACGGAACCAUGAACCCUUUAUUGCUCCAGAAAGAUUUGGAAACAGUAGCAUGGCCUUUGGCAGCAACUCUCAUUCCCAGGCGCCAGAGAAAGUGACACUUCUUGUAGAUGGUACACGUUUUGUUGUGAAUCCACAAAUUUUCACUGCUCAUCCAGAUACCAUGUUGGGAAGAAUGUUUGGACCAGGAAGGGAAUACAACUUCACACGGCCCAACGAGAAGGGAGAGUAUGAGAUUGCCGAAGGAAUCAGUGCAACCGUGUUUCGCACAGUGCUGGAUUAUUACAAAACUGGUAUCAUCAACUGUCCUGAUGGCAUCUCUAUCCCAGACCUUAGGGAUACAUGUGAUUAUCUCUGCAUUAACUUUGACUUCAACACUAUCCGGUGUCAAGAUCUGAGCGCUUUACUGCACGAACUGUCUAAUGAUGGUGCUCACAAGCAGUUUGACCACUACCUCGAAGAGCUGAUCUUGCCCAUCAUGGUGGGCUGUGCCAAGAAAGGGGAGCGAGAGUGCCACAUUGUUGUGCUGACAGAUGAGGAUUCUGUUGACUGGGACGAAGAUCACCCGCCACCCAUGGGGGAGGAAUAUUCUCAAAUUCUUUAUAGCUCCAAGCUCUACAGAUUUUUCAAAUAUAUUGAGAAUCGGGAUGUUGCUAAAACAGUGUUAAAGGAAAGAGGCCUGAAAAACAUUCGCAUUGGAAUUGAAGGUUACCCCACCUGUAAAGAAAAAAUUAAAAGAAGACCUGGUGGCCGGUCUGAAGUCAUCUAUAAUUAUGUGCAGCGCCCUUUUAUUCAGAUGUCCUGGGAAAAGGAAGAAGGAAAGAGUCGCCAUGUAGAUUUUCAGUGUGUUCGAAGCAAAUCCCUCACUAAUCUGGUAGCUGCUGGCGAGGAUGUCUUGGAAGAUCAGGAGAUAUUAAUGCACCACCCACCCCAAGUGGAUGAACUUGACCGGCUCAAUGCCCCACUUUCUCAGAUGGCUUCUAAUGACUUGCAGGACUAGGGCCAGCUAUGGGUCCACCCUGAUGGGAGCUCUUCUCAGUCUGGGAUGCUUGGGUACAGCCCGUCCUCCCCGUCCUCCCCAUUGUUUGUCUCACUCUGAGUAGGAGGCGUGCUUUUUCCCUGUCCUUUGCCUUUCUCCCGUAAUUAAUAUGUCCUUUUUAGUACGUCUGUGUCUCUGACAAGGGAUGAAGCACUCACUGAUAAUUAAGCUACCAGCUUUGCAGCAGCCCUGGUAACUUGAAGAAUUUGGGUUUGGUGCUGUUCACUGAGUCUUUGCAUAAUGGGAAAAGCAGGAAA